CGCCGGCGCAGCUAACCCCGGCUCUGUGGCGCCGCGUUUCCCCGGUGCAGGGUAGCCCGGCCGGUCCCUGUCACCUACCCGCCGCUUUGACACCUUCGGGCCGUCGAAACGGAGUUCUUCACAAAUCACUUGCUUGGUUUGCCAUCCCUUCAGAAGAGUAUUGGAUGCAGCUCUUCCAGCCUUGCUGUUGCACAAGUCUCAGUUAAGUGGAUUGUCACGUUGACUUGAAAAAAAAAAAAAAAAAAAACCAAAACAGCCCAAAACAACCCAGCAGAAGAUGUUUCACGUUGUUCGGUAUCAGCCUUUAAGACUAAUAGCCCAAAACAGUCUUUCUAACAUGGGUUUAAAACUGAUGCUUUCAAGACCUAUUGCAUUUGCACAGAUAUGGAAGGACUGGUUCUCAAGCCAUUCUCUUGUUGGACACAAAAAUAUUAUCCUGAUGGGACCUCCGGGUGCUGGGAAAACAACGGUUGGGAGGAUAGUAGGUAAGAAACUAGAUUGCCCUGUCAUAGACAUAGAUGAUGAUGUCCUUGAAACAACCUGGAAUAUGAGCGUGUCAGAAAAACUGCAGGAUGUUGGUAAUGAGCAAUUUUUAGAGGAGGAAGGAAAAGCCCUGUUGAAGUUUUCAGCAUCUGGAAGUGUCAUUUCCCUUACUGGGUCCAAUCCAAUGCAUGCUGCCAGCAUGCAGCAUAUGAAGAAAAACGGAAUAGUUGUAUAUCUGGAUGUGCCCACAACAGUCAUUAUGAGCAGGCUGAAAUCAAUGAAAGUGGAUCGCAUCGUGGGCCAGUCUCUUGGUAUUUCUCUCAAGGACAUACUUGAGUUUAGGAAGCAGUUCUACAAAAGGUGGUACGACAUCCGUGUUCUUUGUGGAGGGGAUAUUGCAGCAGAGGUUGUAGCAGAAAAGGUGCUUGAUGCUGUGAAGAGAUACCAAAACUCAGAACUGGAAACUUUCAUUUCAACUAGGUUUAGUAGGUCUGGAAGGAGUAUGGAAAAGGACUCUCAUAAAUAUUUCAGUGACGUUGUUACUGAGGGCUUAGCCCCUGAUGGAGGACUCUUUGUUCCUGAGAGAGGGCUUCCAAAAUUCACUGCUGGAGAAUGGCAAAGCCUAAUAGAAGCAACUUACAUUGAAAGAGCCCAGGUGAUACUAGAAAGGUGCAUACAUCCUGCUGAUAUUCCUGCUCCUAAGCUGGCAGAAAUGAUCGGAACUGCUUAUGGAGAAAAUUUUACUUGUUCUAAAAUUGCCCCAGUUAGGCAUCUGGCAGGCAAUCAGUUUCUCCUUGAGUUAUUUCAUGGACCAACAGCAUCAUUUAAAGAUUUUGCAUUACAGAUGGUGCCACAUAUAUUUGCAUACUGCAUUCCCAGAAGCUGCAAUUACUUGGUUCUGGUAGCUACUUCUGGUGACACAGGGAGUGCUGUCCUAGAUGGCUUCAGUCGUCUACAUGACACUGACAAACAGAGAAUUGCUGUGAUGAAUUUUUUUCCUGAGGAUGGAGUAAGCCCAAUUCAAAAAUCACAGAUGAUUGGCUGUCAGAAAGAAAAUGCCUGGUCAGUAGGUGUCAAAUCUGAUUUUGAUUUUUGCCAGACAGCUAUAAAGCAAAUCUUUACUAACUCUAAUUAUACUGGCUUUCUUACUGUAGAAUAUGGAACAGCUUUGGCUGCAGCAAACUCCAUAAACUGGGCACGACUGCUUCCUCAGAUAGUUUAUCAUGUCUCUGCAUACCUUGAUCUUGUUCAUCAAGAUAUUAUUCCUUUUGGAAGUCCUGUAGAUGUUUGCAUUCCUACAGGAAACUUUGGCAAUAUAUUAGCUGCUUUGUACGCUAAAAUGAUGGGAAUUCCUAUUAGAAAAUGUAUUUGUGCUUCCAAUGAAAACAAUGUUUUGACUGACUUCAUAAGAACAGGUGUUUAUGAUUUGAGGGGAAGAAAACUAAUUCCCACAUUUUCACCAGCAGUAGAUAUUUUGAAGUCCUCCAAUCUUGAGAGAUACUUGCACCUGAUUGCUAAUGAGGAUGGACAACUGGUGACACAAUUGUAUAACCAGCUGGAAAAUCAGGGCCACUUCCAGCUACGGAAAGAUCUACUUGAAAAGCUUCAACAGGACUUGGUGGCUGGAUGGUGCUCUGAGGAGGACUGUCUAGCUGCCAUUCACUCUGUAUACAGUACUACAGGAUAUAUUUUGGAUACACACACAGCUGUUGCUAAAGUAGUUGCAGAUCGAUUACAAGAUAGAACUUGCCCAAUUAUUAUUUCAUCUACAGCUCAUUAUUCUAAGUUUGCACCUGCUAUCUUGAGAGCCUUGAGGAUUGCAGAAAUAAACCAGAAUCCAUUAAGUCAGCUUCACUUGCUGAGUUCUUACAGCCCUCUGCCUCCAGUCCACUGGGGCCUAUUAGAGACCCUGAAAAAGAAGGGGAAUGAGGAUCACCAGGUCUGUGCUGCUGAUAUGAGUAUGCUGAUGUUCCAUAUAGAAACCUUAAUUCAGAGUCAUUUUAUGAAAGUUUUCUGAGCAACUGAUCAGAUUUCCACUGUGUCAAUUGCUAUACCUUCUUAACAAGCUGCAUGUUUUAAUAAACUCAUGAUUCAUCUGGCCUGUGCCCGGUCCACAGCAUAACGUCCAUGGUUUUAUACUCAAUUGUCAAGUUUUCAACAGUAUUUGUGAGUAUCACAUGUGAGAGUUCUAGAAUUGAAAGUAUAAAAGACUGGAGUACUUUUUUGCAGGAUAUACGUAGUAGAGAUGGCAGUACUGCUGGCUUUCCUUGGCGGUGCUGUCUCCUUCACAAGCCUGAAGUGUUCUUCAUGGAAGGAGGAAGAUAAUGAAGUGUGACCUUUCUGAAACUAAUAGCUCUUGUUUUGAUGCAAGAAUGAUGUGAUCAUUUGAUCAGUGGGUGAUUAGUUAAACUUCAACUCACUAAAUGUAGGGCACUGAAACAUAGUAAGAUAUUGCAGUGAUGUUCGGAUGUUACUAAUGAGGGUUGAUUUCACUACAAAGAUUGAAAUAUACUUGUAUUGUUGAGCCAUUCAAUUUGGUGGUGUGUUGUCUUCUUUUGUAAUGGUUUUUAUGUAUUGUGAGGCCAGUGUUUAUGUAAAAAAAUCUGGUUGUUUUGGUUUUCAUGCUUUUUUUCCUUUCAGACAUUUUCCUGUGUAAAAUAGAGUCUUUCAAUCAAUAUUUUUAAUAUUCUUUCAGAUGUGGCUCUUCCUCUAAUGUGUUGUAGUCUCUUUCCUAGAUCUUUUCUAUUUGAACUUUCAACUUUAGAAUCCUUUUUUAAUGCUAUAGAAGAAUUUGCUAGUAGUAGCAGCAGUCUCCUUAAUUAAGAACCAGACUUCACCAUUUACAUUUAUUUCUUGUAUUCUAAGUUUUUAGAACACAAGUUUUAUCUUUGAGGUCAUAUAGCUUUCUUGUUCUAAUUACUUCCAUUUUCAUAUUUUUCUUAAGUUAAUUUCCUUGACAUUCUAUUCUAUUCAUGCUUCGCAUGAAUUAGUAUAAGAAGGAAGCUUCCCAAAGUGCUUGGCAUCUCAUCAAGGAAAGUGAAGGCUGAAUUUUGGUGUCUGGAAGGUAUGAUAGCAUCGGAAGUAUUCACUGUGUAACCUAAAAUAGAUCUAUGUUAGCAAGCUGGUUUUGCUAAUGAGAGGCUCUUUAUUGUUUUUUUUUUUUUUUUUCAUCAGAUAAAAAAUACAGCAGGUUGCCUGAGGAGAUCAUGUGGUUAUGGACAAAUGUAUUCUGCUAACUGUAGAUUAUAUUUGGCAAGGACAUAAAAUAUAACUGCAUUUCACAGUAAGAGAAAUGGUAAAAUAAUGUACUGGCAAGUUUUGAAUGGCAUGCGGUUACAGAUUAAGAGCUAGUAGUAAUCAGAUAUGAGGACAUAAAGCUAUGGGAGGUUGUGUUUCCUACCAAGAGAGAUGGUAAUUGAUAGUAUUUUUUGCCUCUUACAGAGGGAACUUCUAGAUGUCAGGGCUCAUUUGGGGCUUUGAAAUGUUGCCAUAACCACCAGCUUCCUCUGUGUGUACUUUCUGCUACAUUAGAGGUGAAAAAGAUACCAUCUAGGAAACUGUUUUAAAGAACUGCUGUUUCUUACUAUGUAAAGUAAAAGACCCAAGCAUGAUGUGCAUUUGCCACGGUGAAUACAUUACUCAAUAAAAUUAAAUGUAGCUGAUAA